GUGGCAUCGGAACGUGACAGAACGAAAAAAGGUCAGGUUGGAAAAGAUUAAGAAGGAGAUACGGAUUUGGCAACGAAGAAACGCUUGUUCCGAGAUAAGGAUUAACCAAUCGUCGAUUCAAAGAGACGAAUUUAUUACCGCGUUACGAGAUCCGCUGCGAUUAAAUGUCGCCGCUUUUAGAACACGUAAAAUCCGAGCGAUAAGAAAAAGGGCGCGUCUCGCGCGUCAGAUUCGAGACAAUUUUGAACGAUUAUCUAUUCUUAAAAAUAUCUUGGAGAUCUCCAAGUUGCGAACUUAUCCAACUUUAAAGUUUAAACUUUAAUGCAUAGAUGUAAUGUAGAGCUGAAAAAAUGGCAUAAUAACAGAAUAGUUAUAUAAUUGUAUUUAUAGAUAUGAAAGUUUCAAAUAUGCAAUUUCGAUUUAUUCUUAACGAAUGUAUUGGAACUAUCGAGAAAAAACAAUCAGAAUCACAUCCCUUAUCUUCUUUCCAACUCACUCACUGUGAUACAUAAUAUGUAUUGAUAAUUUUAAUUAUGAUUGGAUAAAUUUCAACAUAUACUCCGACGAUAUUAGAUUUAUUUAUUCCAAUUAAUAUAUAUAUUAUCCUGUUAUAUAUUUACCCUGUUUUCACAAGGAUUUUCCCAAGUUGAAGCGAUAAUAUUAUGGGAUUCCCCGAAUACAUUACAUUACAUAUUCGUCUUUUCCUCUUUGCUUGAAGGAAAAAAAAAAUUUUCCUUCGAUAUAAACAACAAACGCGCUCACUCUCUCACGAUAACGCAACCCAGGGAUGAUAAAUGACAGAGUGCACAGGUCAACCGGCUUAUCAAGCUGCUUGUUUAUGCUAUUUUUCGCACGGUACGAACUUUGUGUGUCUUUUCUCUUUUGAAGAAGAUACCGGUCAAAGAAUCGUCAUUAUCUUGACGCAAAGAAAACGUCUCGUUUGCACACGCACAUAGUGACACGAUCGUGGCCAAUCGUUUUAUCCGCGAUACGAUCACGUAUGCGCUUGUCCUUGUCGUCGAUUAACUCAUAAACCUGAUGUCGCAUCGUAAAACGAAUACGUGUGUACGAUUCGGAAAAAUGAGACGACAAAAGGCCAAGGAGGAGACCGCGCGGAGCCGGGCGAAUCGGUAAUUUGUGCGCAUCGAGUGUCACUCCUGAAGAGGAGGAGGCAAGGAAAAGAGAGAGAGAAAAAAGAAAAACGAAGAAAAGGUGAAGGGGAUUAGGAAGGGGGAAAAGAAAGAAAGAGAGGGAGAGAGAGGAUGACAGAGUCGCGACGUGAUCGUCUAUCUCAAUCCUGAUCACUCCCCUCUCAGGUGCCAAGAUGAGGAAAAAAACACUCUUGUAUAUAUAAGGAGGUAUGGAAAGUUGCCUUGUACAAUCACAGCAAGAUAGUUCGUCGCGACUUUUUCAUCCAUUCACCUCUUAAUUUUCGUACUCGGAGACGUUGUUGAUUAACGCUUCGGAGAUGAUGCUCCGAUGCAACAUUUGGACUCUCGCGGUCGUCGUGCUUUUCGUCAACUCGGUCCUCUUUGUCAUUGCCGCACAGGAUUCCUCGGGACGAAUCUUUACGAUAUGCGUCCCUGAAAUAUACUCGAAGGAAUGCGAUGACAUGAAAAAAGAUUCCGCUGUCAAAGGGAUUCCAGUUUCCUGUAUUUCUGGCCGCGAUCGAUACGAAUGUAUCGAAAAAGUUGGAAAGAAAGAGGCUGAUGUGGUAGCUGUCGAUCCGGAAGAUAUGUACUUGGCGGUGAAGGAUAACAAAUUGGCAUCGAAUGCUGGCUACAAUGUUAUCGAACAAGUGAGAACAAAAGAAGAACCGCACGCACCGUAUCGUUAUGAAGCAGUGGCUGUGAUACACAAAGAUCUGCCGAUUAACAAUGUGCAAGGAUUGCGCGGAUUAAAGUCUUGUCACACCGGUGUGGGUCGCAAUGUUGGUUAUAAAAUACCGAUCACCAAACUCACUGCUAUGGGAGUGUUGAAUAACCUCCACGAUCCAGAAUAUUCAGCUCGCGAGAACGAACUGCGUGCUUUGAGCUCUCUCUUCUCCAAAGGAUGCUUGGUCGGCACCUGGUCUCCAGAUCCAGCGAUCAAUCGUAGAUUGAAGGAAACUUAUUCGAAUAUGUGCGCUCUCUGCGAGAAACCAGAAGUUUGCGAUUAUCCAGACAUAUACUCAGGAUACGAAGGUGCAUUGCGGUGUCUGGCGCAUAAUGGCGGAGAAAUUGCUUGGACUAAGGUGAUCUACGUGAAACGUUUCUUCGGCUUACCAGUUGGUGUAACGGCCGCGAUUCCGACAUCGGAAAACCCAGCAGAUUACAGAUACUUCUGUCCAGAUGGCAGCAAAGUGCCUAUAGACGCGAACACGAAACCAUGCAUUUGGGCUGCCAGGCCUUGGCAAGGAUAUAUGACCAACGAUGGAGUGAACAACGUAGAAGCGGUUCAAAAGGAAUUGACAGAUCUUGGUAAAUUGGGAGAAGAAGAGAAGGCAGAUUGGUGGAAAGACAUUAUGUUAUUGAACGAAAAAACCUUAGCCGUUCCUGCACCGCCAGUGUUGCCCGAGAAUCAUCUGAAAAACGCAAAAUACUUAGACGUGAUUGAAAGAAACUCUGGAGCUACGGACAAGAUCAUUCGUUGGUGUACGUGGAGCGAAGGAGAUCUCGAAAAGUGUAAAGCUCUUACCAGAGCGGCAUACUCUAGGGACGUGAGACCCAAGUACGAUUGUACGCUAGAAAAGAGUCAAGACGAUUGCUUGAAAGCUAUUAAAGAAAAUAACGCGGAUUUGACGGUUGUCAGCGGAGGUUCGGUUCUUCGAGCUACGAAGGAAUAUAACACGGUUCCUAUAAUCGCGGAAUCGUAUGGACCAGGCUCAACGAAUUUCAAUGAAAGACCAGCCGUAGCAGUUGUUUCCAAAUCUAGCUCGAUAAACAAACUAGAGGAUCUGAGGAACAAGAAGUCUUGUCACAGCGGAUACAAGGAUAGCUUUGCUGGUUGGACAGCACCGAUAUAUACAUUGAAACGCAAAGGUUUGAUAAAGUCGGAGAACGAAGCAGCCGAUUUCUUCUCGGGAUCGUGUGCACCCGGUGCACCGGUCGAUUCGAAACUGUGCCAGCAAUGUGUCGGUAAGCUUGCAAGCAACAACGAUCGAAUCCGAGAGGCAACCAAAUGCAAAGCGACCAACGAGGAAACGUACAGAGGUGGAAAGGGAGCUCUCUCCUGUUUGUUGGACGGCAAAGGAGACGUCGCGUUCGUACCAUUGACCGCUCUAUCGGAGGAAGGCGUGCAGAGCAAAGAUCUCGCUCUCAUCUGUCCGGAUGGUGGCCGUGCUGAAAUCAACGAGUGGGAACGAUGCAACUUGGGACUGGAACCGCCGAGAGUAAUCCUCAGUUCUGGUGCUAAGAGUCCAACGGUGUUGGAGGAAUUGACUCACGGUACAUUAGCCGCCAGUACUCUUUACUCGAAGCGACCCGAUCUUUUGCACUUGUUCGGUCCUUGGUCCAAUCGGCCGAAUCUCUUGUUCAAGGACGAAGCGAAGGAUCUCGUAUCGGUGAACAAAUCGUGGAACAAGUGGAACGAUUGGCAGGAGACGCAAAAUAAUUACGGCGCUGCUUGAAAUUGCGAAGGAUUGGAUGCCAGUUUUCGUCGUGAAUUAUUUAACGAAACUCGAUGAUGACGUAUUAUCAAACGCUGAAAUAAAAUGCCAUAGCAACAGA